AUGACCUGUUUUGGAAAAGCGGCUGAUUUGAUCCUCUGUCCACAGGCGGCUCUGCCCUCAGUCCCACCUGACACCAAACUGUCCAAGCUGGACAUUUUGGUUCUGGCUACUAACUACAUAGCUUUCCUGACGGAGACAUUGGAUCAGGGACGGACACAAGCUGAGCACACCUUGCCCUCCCAGCCGGGGGGAAAUCUGCAUCCUGUUAAGAAGUGGCCCAUGCGUUCCCUGCUCUAUUGUGGCAGCGUGGCAGAGCUGCUUUCAGGAGUCCCAGUCAAUCAGACGCCUAUUCCCGGACAGGAUGGAACACACCCCCUAACCCCCCGCCAAGAAGUAAACAAAGAGUGAUAGCUAAGAGGGGUCCUUACUUUCCCCCUUCUCAAAUGUUAAUCAGCUGCCAUUGGGAGCAUAAGAAGCUUCUAUCUGAAGUAUGUCUUUAUCUGUCAGUAAGAAGCUUCCUCCCUUCUACAUUCACUGUAAUGUAAAUUAUGUUGCUUAGGUAGGCUCUGCAGUUUAACUUUAAGAACACUACAGAAAAAAAAAAUCUAAACUUUUGAGCCAUCAAAAGUAAAAGGAAGGCAAAGAUUCACAUAUGUUGG